AACCAUAAGCCCCUACUACUCUAGCCCUCUUCCAUCUGCCUCGUCUCCCUCACUAAAUCAGCCCCAACAGAUUCAUAUGGAUUGUUACUGCACUCCACAUAGCCUUUACUUUCACAGUUGCUAUCUACAAGUAUCGUAGUACCAACCCCUCCACCUUUAUUUCAGAGCUUGCAUCAAACACCACCUCAGCACCUGCCAAUACAACGGUACAUUCAUUCUCACCCUCCCUCUGAUCACUCUCAACACUAGUAUCCCCUCCAUCAUCUUCCAACCCUUCCCCAGAUCAACAGAAACACUAUCGAAGAUAGUCUCAACCUCUCCCGCACCCUCAAUCCCACUCUCUCCAUCAAUUCCAUCUACACUCCCCUCCCUCCUACUCCCUUGUUCUCCCACGCCCUCAAUCUCGCCCUCUCCAUCAUCCCCAUAUCAACUCCGCUCCUCCCUACUCCGUUGUUUACCAUUAAGAUUUCGUCGUGGAUUAUAGGUUGCCCUGAGCCAAGACCUGUAUUGCGACCCCAAUCCCUUACCUCGCAUUGCACUCUCCUUCAAUCCCCUACACCCCUCCACCCCGUGACUGAUCACUCCAUAAUUGAAGCACAGUUUUGGAAGCUUCUCAUACUUUAGCGGGAUCCAGAUCUUAUUCCCCAACAGCAUUGCCGUCCUCCCUCACGCCACCUUCUUCUUCAGAUCAACUUCAAUUUUAACUCUCAAGUAUUUUCCCCAUCCAAUUCCAUUAUCAAAUACGUCUACUUCUUUCACCACACCAAUGGAUGAACCAAUUCGAUUUCCCAUCUCAUCCGUCAUGCAUGCUGAAGGAAGAUUGAAUAACUGUACCCACAUAUCUUCUCUAUCAAAUUCCAUUGAUUGUGGUGGUGUAAAACCAUAGGUUCAGUACAAGCAAAUGAUUAUCGAACAACCACGGUUUACCUUCCAUCACCCUUACCUUAUCCCGCUUAUGCUCAAAAGUGAUGACGAAUAGAUUCGACUCAAUCUCGUGAAACACUAUAGAUCCCUCCGUGCGCCAGAUCUUCAGCAAUGUAGCUUGAAUUACAGCCUUACUUAUCUUUCUAUCGGAGAUCAACUUCCCUACUAAACUUCGUUCCCCUUCCUCGAGGACCUUCGCCGAUUGUCCAGAGUCCAGAUCAAUAGUCUCAAUUUCCUCCUUCGUCAACUUAAGCUUCUAUCACUGCUCUUUCAAACCUUCCAUUACCUCUCUCCAGCCUGCAACCAAGCUACGAGAAACUCCUCUUCCUCACUUACCAAGCAAUCCGAGACUCAAGCUCCACCUUCGCGCUCUCCAUAGAGGCGAAGAGGAGAGUUUUUCGUUUACAUCAAAUCUAAAUCUAUUAAUUUCGUAUCUUGUUAGUAUUGGGUUUACGGUCGUGUACACACAUAGACUACUAAUAUAGAUAUGAUGAAAACAUUACACGCAAAUGGCCACGGAAGAAAAAAGAAACAUCCCCGAGCGGCGAGCGCUGCAGUUCAGCCUGGUUUAUGGGAAAUUGGCUGGUAGCCUGGUUGUCAAUGCCAUAGACACUGCCCUCAGCAUUCUUUUCAAAUUCCACCCCCAUCUUAGCGGUUAUGUUUGUUUGAAUGCCAAAAUCCCUUCGGAGAAGAAGAAAAAUGCCGCUUCACCCUCUCCUCUGUUCUUCUUCUUCUUCUUUUUUCCUGUACCAGUUUUGGUCCCACCAUUUUUUCCAAGGGGACCCACCUCAUCACCAUAGCACCACCACCAUGUUUCCUCAGAUGCCCAUAACCGGUUGAUGAGGAUGAAAUUUACUGGAGACAGAAGAAGGGUGAUGAAGAGUUGGAAUGGUCGCAUAGUUCUGCUCAUAUAAUAUCUCAGCUGACUCAAUGUUUUGCAUUUGAUGGUUGUAGCUAAUGCUAUGGUUGGACCACGAUCAUGGGUAGGAGGACUCUUUAACCGCUCCAGCAACAAACGUAAUGAGAAGUUUAUUGACUACCCAUUGUGUCCUCUUCAGGAACAAAGACUUCAGAGGCUCCAGGAACGAUUACAAGUACCAUUUGAGGAGACUCGGCCUGAUCAUCAAGAAGCCCUCAGAGCAUUGUGGCAUGCUGCCUUUCCAAAUAUUGCUUUCAAAGGUUUAAUUUCUGAGCAAUGGAAAGAGAUGGGGUGGCAAGGUCCUAAUCCAUCAACUGACUUUAGGGGUUGCGGUCUUAUUUCCCUUGAGAAUUUGCUGUUUUUUGCCAGGACUUAUCCGGCAUCUUUCCAUAGGUUAUUGUUCAAGCAAGGAGGGCAGCGAGCUGCUUGGGAAUACCCAUUUGCUGUUGCUGGCAUCAAUGUAUCAUUUAUGCUAAUUCAGAUGUUGGAUCUAAGCUCAGUAAAACCACGAUGUCUUCCAGGAAUUAAUUUCAUUAAAUUAUUAGGAGACGAUGAAGAAGCCUUUGAUGAAUUAUAUUGUAUCGCAUUUGAAAUGAUGGAUGCUCAGUGGCUUGCAAUGAAUGCUUCCUACAUGGACUUCAAUGAGGUAUUACAAGUAACAAGGACCCAGUUGGAAAGAGAGCUGUCUUUAGAAGACAUUAACAGGAUACAAGAUCUUCCAGCAUACAAUUUGCUGUACCAGUGACAAUGCGUCUCAGCUCAUCAAAAGAAACAAAAGCAUUGUUUAAACAUGGACAUACAGGUUUAUUAGGAAUGCAGGUCCCAUAGCAUACAUUUGUACACUAAAUGGACUUCAAAUGAGCUGGUACUAGUUGUGGCUAGAUUUAUAAUGAACUUUCUAACUCUGUAAA